AAGUCGUGACGAAAAAUAAAUUACGAGGCGUUUUAUUUAUGACUCAGUCUGCCUCAAAAUAAAGCGCUAUUUUUACAAAUUUACCAUAUUAGUUGUUUCUUGACGUUGUCAACAUGGCAGAGAACAUUUUUUUGUUUGUUCCUAAUAUUAUUGAUUAUUUCCGUAUCUUCUUUGCAUUUGUAUCAUUCUACUAUAUGCCUACAGAUCAUUAUAGGGCAGCAUUCUUCUAUUUAUUAAGUGGCUUUCUCGAUGCUUUUGAUGGCCAUUUUGCCAGACUUUUAAACCAAUCAAGUAAACUGGGUGCCAUGUUGGAUCAGCUGACCGAUCGUAUAACUACAAUGUGUUUAUGUGGGAUAUUGUGUUAUUUCUACCCAAGUUAUAUCCUCUUCUUCCAGUUCAGUAUGGCACUUGACAUCUUUAGUCACUGGAUUCAUCUACACAGUUCUUUAAUGAUUGGUAAGGACAAUCAUAAACAUAUUGACUUGUCAGAGAAUUUUAUUCUACGUCAUUACUACACAAACAGGAAAAUAUUGUUUGUGAUGUGUUCAGCCAAUGAAUUGUUUUUCUGUUUGCUCUACCUUCGUCAUUUCACCAUCGGACCAGUUUUGCCAUUGGGUCCGCUGUCUAUUGGUUUGUGGACGUUACUUCUGUAUAUUGCUGCUCCAAUAGCUUUUGCUAAGAUGGCUAUUAGUGGUGUUCAUUUGGUCAUAGCUUGUCAGAACAUGGCUUCAAUUGAUAUUGCGGAGCGAGAGAAGGCAGCAAGGGAAGGAAAGAACAAAUAAAGUUAUAUAUGAGAAAGGAGAAGAACAAAACACAAGUUGUAGAAGAGAUCAAGCAGAGUUUGAAACGACAUCUUUCUAAUGUUUAUUUGAACAUCAGACAAUUAUGAUGAGUAGUAAUAAUAAUACUAAUGAUUUUCAGGUGGGUUGGGUGGCCGAAUGGUUAAAUGCGUGCGCUUGGGAUCAUAAGGUUUGUCAUUGAGUCAUGUGGCAUGUGUUCGAUUCCCACUUGUACGUGACAAAGAGUAGGGUCACCUGUCCAACCUCAUGGGUUUUUUCUGGGUCCUCCGAUUUCCUCUCACUGCUAAAGACUCCUAUACGCAAGCAAAUUAUUGAAGUAACUGAACCAUAUGUUUAUCCCGAAAUGACCUAGUUUGUGUCAAGUGGACAUUACACCCCAUUUCUCUCUCUCUCUCUUACUAAUAAUUUUCAAAGGGUAGAAAAUUGGCCCAGAUGGCCGGCCUCACUUUUUACCCUUUAUAAACAGUAAAAAAAAACAGAUUAAUGUUGUGAUAAAUAUAUAACUAGUGGUUAUCAACUAGAAGGGUGAGUUACAAGCAGGGAUGCUACUUCACCUGUAUUUCUGGACAUAUCGUAUGCGAUUUUCCAAACGUCCCACCGGAAAUAUGCAGCGGAAAUCAGACUUAUUAUAUGGUGAAUAAUAUUCAAAACUCCAUAAUAUAUUGAUUGUACUGAGUGUAUAACUACUACUCAUCUCGAUUAUCGUUGAUAAUAGGCUGGAUUAAUUAGGUAAUAAAUGUAAUUAAACAUACAUUAUGCAAGAGCUAAAUCUGCCUACUGCAGGUUUUUCUUUAGGCCUGAAAUGUUUUCUAAAUUAUUAAUUAGACAUUAAUUAACUUAUCCAGGCCAUAAUCAACUCUCGAUGGCAAAUGAUUUCUCCGAUAUUAAACAGAUGAGAACGGUUCAGCCAUAUUUUGAUUUAGUUUAAAAUGGAGGAGCGAGACUUAGAUUCGAACAAUCAGUACGGUGGUUGAAAUUAUUUCACACGUCUUGUCAAACCUUCAAAGGCUAAUAUCUUCACUCGCAAUAGAGUAAUUUGAACAAAAUUUUCAAAUUAUUCAUUUUACGUUAUGUAUUUUUAAACUAUUGUAGCAAGAAUGGCUAGCUCUUUAUCUAAAUCUUACAUAAUGUAUAUUUAAGUGAUCAACUUGUAAAUUACAAGAUCUAAUAUUUAGAAAGAAGUGAUCAAUAAAUUAACAUGAAAGUUGAAAACUAUUUACAAGGACUAAGAUAUGAAAAUGUAUUUGAAUCAUACUUGUUUAUUGUAAUUAUAUAAAGAUAUAAAUGUAUUUUUGAAUCGUCAAUUUUAAUUCCCUAUGAGUCUUUGUAUUGCUGUUAUAUUUUCUUAUAGUCUUGCAAUUGUUAUAAAGUGUCUUUGAAAGGCAUUUAUUGAACGCAAUAUAUAAUAAACAGACAACUUUAUGGAUGACAUUCACUAGGUUUAUUAACUGCAACGUUUCAUCGAGGAUACUCUCACCGUUAUCAAGCAAUGAUACAACCAAACAUGUUAUAAAAUAGAAAUGAAUUCUUUUAACUUGGAUGUAACUUUAAUCAGUGUGUUCAUUAAAGUAAGAGCACAUACUAUUACACACACUGUUUAGAUUAGAUAUUUCAACUGUUUUGACUGGUUAUUUGGCAAUCAAAUUACAACUCUAUAUGCUAUUUGUGUUUCAUUUAGCCCUUUAAACAUCUGUGGAUGUGUUUAGGAAUUGCACAUUCUGGGCUUAUGGCGACAGCAUAAUAGUACCUUUGACAUCAAAGGUUGGGAUAAACAAAUCCUCUCAAAAGAUAUUGAGCAAUUUUAAUUUUGAUUGGAGUCAUCCAAUCACAAACUGCACAUUACUGAAAGCUAAUAAGAGUCCGCUGAAGUGCAAUAAAUGAUAUUGUAAAUUUUACUCUCAAAGAUAAUGUCAAAAAUUGUUAGAUGUAAUUUACACUAAUUGUAUGGUUAUAUGUAAUUUACACUAAUUGUAUGGUUUAAAUUACAUUAACCUCACUAAUUGUAUGGUUGGAUGUAAUUAACACUAAUUGUAUGGUUAGAUGUAAUUUACACUAAUUGUAUGGUUUAAAUUACAUCUAACCAUACAAUUAGUGUAAAUUACAUAUGUAAUUUACACUAAUUAUAUGGUUAGAUGUAAUUUACACUAAUUGUAUGGUUAGAUGUAAACACUAAUUGUAUGUUUAUAUGUAAUUUACACUAAUUGUCUGGUUAGACUAAUUGUUUGGUUACACUAAUUGUCUGGUUAGAUGUAAUUUACACUAAUUGUCUGGUUAGAUGUAAUUUACACUAAUUGUAUGUUUAUAUGUAAUUUACACUAAUUGUAUGGUUAGAUAUGAUUCACACUAAUUGAAAUAUUCAUAUGAAUGCGAAAGUUUAUUUGAAAUGGAUUUAAGAGUUAAGUAUAUGUUUAGAAAAUAAAUCAAAAUUAAAAACAUAUAUUUAUUUAUUGCAUAUUUAGAAUAACUAAUCUGUAAACUAAUAUCUUGAAAUAUAGUUUUUGUUAUGAAAAGUUGAUUCUGAAACAGAUACUCAACAAGUGUAUCUUAACUUAUAUAUAUCAUCGUUAUUAGACUAGCACUAGUUGUCUUUACUGAUAAGGGGGAUUGGAUGGCUGAAUGGUUAGCGUGUGCGCUCUGUAUCAUAAAGUCUGUCAUUGAGUCAGCUGGCGUGGUUUCGAUUCCCUGGUUGUACGUGACAAGGAGUAGGGUUGCCUGUCCAACCUCGUGGGUUUUCUCCGGGUCCUCCUACUGCUAAAGACCCCUAUGCGCAAGCGAAUUAUUUUAAAAAAAUUAAGCCAUGCGUUAGUCCCGAAAUGACCUAGUUUAUGUCAAGUGGACGUUAAACCCCAUUUCUCUCUCUCUCUUUAUUAAUAAAACAAUUACAUUUGUUUCUAACUUCUGUAAUGUUCCAACAUUUCAGGCAACCUCAACUAAAUAAAUUGUUGGAGGUGUGAGAUGACAAGUGACAGCUACUUAAAUUGUUUAAAUUGUUUCAAUGGCAUUUAGUAAUUGAACUGGAGUAUACAGAUCACAAUUCUAUGGAAUACAAUUACUGAGCGGUGUUUCGGCUCAGCUUCUCUAGCCUAGUCAAAACGUCGCUCAAUAAUAAGCAUUAAAAUACAGAUGUGACGUCAUCCUUUGAUGUUGGAGUACCAUUAUUUCAUAAUGAUUGUACCGGCAAUGUGCUAAGCGUAACUUAGUAAAAUAUUGAACUCGAGUGACGUAUUUCAUUACAAAGCAUGUGCAAGUGUCUGUAUUUUAAGUUGUUUAAUGGUCUCGAGCUUAAGACAUUGCAUAAUAUAUUGUAAAAACAUUCGGGCCUCACGGCCCUCAUGUUGUUACAAUAUAUUACUUAAUGUCUCGCUCUCGACCACUAAACCACACGUAAUUGUAUUCCAUAGAAUUCUGACCUGCAUACUGACAGCAACUAGUCUUCUUAGUAGUCUUUCACAUUUUGAGCUUGUGAUUUUAGCUAUCACUCAGGAUGCAAAGGAUAACUUUCACAAUAAUCCCAUACUCACAAUUUCAGGAUGAUUACUUACCAAUAAUCAAAAUUCAUAAUAUAAGAUUUUUCAUUUAAUAUUUAUACUGCCAAUAUCAUUAUUCAUCAUUAUUUAUUUUUAACAUAAAAUUAAACAUCUAGAGCUUGUAUUUAUUGUAAGCAUUUAUUAAUAUUUUCAACAAAAGUACACCUUUGCCAUAUUUUAUUAGUCUCCUAUCAAUGAGAUUAGUCCCCUGUCAAUCCAAUUUUUCGACAAUAACAAGAUUCACCCAAAACUAUUUUAUAUAGGGCUCCCAUAUACCCAUCCUUCUACCUUUAAUGCAAUGGUUGUUUAAGGGGAUGUUUUGUUUUUUUAAAAGAAUAACUUGUUGGCAUUGUGUUUUAUCAUUUGUUUAAAUAACAAUUCCAUCACCUAAUUUAUUUUUAUUUUAUAUCGUAUUAUCCAGUUACUGUACCUAUUGUUAUAUGUAUAUAAAUUAAUAAAUAUAAA